AUCUGCAGAUCUCAAACAGCACUGUGUAUAUGGAAGGCUACAUUCAUGGCUCGUUGCAAGGAUGCGACAAUCUCCAGUAUCUCACACUCACUCGAUCUAUCCUCUCUCAUGAGUAUACACAAAUAAAAUCACUUCCUUUGGUGGCCUUUUUUCUUUCCUUCUCAACUCCUAUGUUUCCAACCUCGAUAUCAUUCUCACCAGUCAGCAUCGAAACAAACUAAGGUACCAGGACAAGAGUAAAAAAUGCCGGUCUUUGAAACCCCAGCAGACGUACCUGAUGUCCGAGUCCCGGAAGGGUCGGAGUCAGACAGGAGCGACGACAAGUUCGUUCGAAAACUUCAGGAAGUGCCUCGUGCCAUGGCAUACUACGACGAUGCACCGAGGUUUCAAUUGCCGUCACCCCAUCAUCUGGGAUUGUGGAGAUUGGCGAGAAGAGCUUCUCUGCAGAACCGUCCGAGAUACAACAGCAGCAGGAAUUACUUUCCAGAUACUGAUCAGAAUGUUCGAUCCAAAGUGUCCAAGACGACGACCACAAGGUCCAAAGAUCUGGUAUCCUCGAUAUAUUCCAAGGUGCGGCGGCGACAAAGCUUGAUCAGACGAAAUCACAGUCUCUACAGUCUUCCUGAAGGAGAAGAAAGUGAAGACUCCGGGAGUGAGAACGAUACCCCAAAGGAAAAGGAAAACGACAUCGUGGAUGUUGGAAGGGCUCACGUCAGUUCGGACAACCAAAUCUUCGUACACACCGAGAUAACGAUCUCUGAGUCCUUGGAACUCGACCUCCUAUCUACAGAUGCAAGUCACCAACUACCACGAUUGACGACAACAUACAUCAGCGGACCGAAGAUUGGCGGCGUCGAUACCAUCCCCUCGGACCCUAAUCUGUGUCGAGCCACCCCGGAAUCUUCUCUCGCCAGUCCUUAUACCUUUUUGAUGGAGAGUAGAUCACGGCAAUCCAACGAUGCUGGUGUUAUUGGUAGUUCCUCCUCUUCUUCUUCUUCUUCUUCUUCUUCUCGACCAUCGUCUUCAACUUUACCGUCAUCCUCGCAACAUUCAAAACCCUCUACCGAUACAGCACCACCUCUCGACGACGUGAUUGGUCGUGCGGCAGUAGCCUCUGCCGAGAAAGGCAAAGGUUGGGCGACCAAACGUUGGUCGACCGCAUCACGACGACGACGACCUUUGUCCUCCUGGUCGUCCCCUCCUGCUCCUCCCACUGUGACGACAAGUUGCUGCUCAUCAGAGAAUCAGAAUGAGCCAUCUUCUUCGUCGAAAUCAUCAUCAUUCGUGCGUGCUCACUCGAAAGGUGAUGAUGGAGUCACCGGAAGAGGAAGAAGCAACACCGACGUCGAGGAAAAGACUCGACGCGGCAUUGAAGGCGGACAAUCCCCACAAAGAAACCGCUUUGGAUCUUCUCUCCGAAUUCCAGACUUUCUACGGCCACUGGACAAACCUCAACCUCCGACCCGAACGUACGACCUCGUUUUGAGGAGGGAUCUUUUUUCCAGGGCUCGACCUGGCAACGAAGUUCCUUCGACGUCUUGUAAAAGCUCGCCCGGCUUCUCCAUGGCAGCAAAAUGGCCGCCCUAUUAA